CGUUUCGGAUGAAAUAUGGGGCAGAUCGAUGAAAAAAGUGUCCAAAAUCGUCUCUCUUUAUUUGUUCUUGACGUUACGGUUUUUUUAAAAGAGUAAUAUUUUAGUGGAUUAACAUUGCUGGAAAAAUGGCUCAUCUAAAAGGAUAUGGCUUGAUCAUUCCAAAGUCAUCAAAAGGGAAAGUCAGUAAAAUUGGGAAAUCAGCUGCCGUUUUUCAGAAUGACUCAAGUGAAGAAGAUGAAAGUAAGAAAAAGAAAUUGAUUAACCAAGAACUGAAUGCUGUAGCAGAGAAAAAGAAGCAAACAAAACAGACCAAAGAAGACAUAGAGAGGGCAUUAAGAGAAGAUCCGAAUGUCUAUAAAUAUGAUGAAAUUUAUGAAGAAAUGGAACAGAAAAAACAAACUGUUGGCUUCGAAGCCAAAGAAAAAGACAAAAAGCCCAAAUAUAUCGCCAAUCUGCUGAAAUCAGCAGCCAUGCGCAAAAAGGAACAAGAAAGACGAACAGAAAGAAGUGUACAAAGAGAAAGAGAAAAAGAAGGGGACCAGUUUGCAGACAAAGAGUCUUUCGUCACCGCUGCAUAUCGACAAAAAAUGAUAGAACAAGCAGAAGAGGAAGAGAAAUUGCGGAGACAAGAUGAAUUAGAUGCUGCAAAUGACGUCACAAAACAAAAGGAUCUCUCCAAGUUUUAUCGAAAUUUAUUAGAUGGCAAUGUCUCGAUGGGUGCCCCUGUUGAGGAGCAAGAGCAUUCCAGAGUGAUAGAGACUAAAACUGCCGAAAAGAACAAAGAAAGUGGUGAAGAAAAAGUAGAAAAAUACUCAACUCCCGAAAGUGAAAACGAAGAGGUGAAUAAAUUUUCUAGAGAUAAAUCUUCAAACAAAAAGGGAAAACAAUAUCAUAGCCUUGAAAGGAGCCCUUCAGAAAAGGCAAGGGGAAAACGUAGCACAUAUCGCUCUUCUGAUGGUUCCUGUGAAGAAGCAACAGGGGACAGGCAACCCGUAGUUAGUGGAAAGGCAAAUGAAAGAAGAAGAGGUGAAAGGCGGUAUAGAAAAGGAAGAGCAAGGGAUGAGAGAACAUCUUCAUCUGAGUCGGACUCGGAUCAUGUUGAGAAAAGUAGGCGAGAAUCAGGUACUAAAAGGAACUCAAAUGAUGACAAAUACUCUUCAAAGUCGAAGUCACCGAAUCAUCGCUACAGUAGAGAAGGUUCUGGUUCCAAAGACUCUACUGGUCGCCUAGACAGAGAUGCAAGAAUUCAAUCGCAUUCUAAGCAUGGCCGAGAAGGAAGCCAGGCGCAUGAUGAAAAAUAUCAAAAGGAGAAAAGAUCAAGAGAAAGGUCUAGAGAAUCUAAGCGAGAGAGAUCGAGCGAAAAGGGUAAGAGGGAGCGUUCAGGUGAGGGAAACAAACGGCGACACGCUUCAAGUGGAUCUAGUCCUGAAAUUUCUAGAAAAAAGGACAAGGGUGGUAGAUCUGUUGAACGAAAGAAUCAAAGCGAUCGUCAAUAUUUGGAACAGAAAACUGAAAGCAAAAAUAAUGGAAAGGAAACCAUUAAUAAAGAAAGAUCGAAAGUAUUUGCAAAACGUAAUGAUGCUGAUAGCGUUUUGGGUGCUAGGGAACGAUAUUUAGCGAGGAAGCAAGGCAGGAUUGUUCCAAUCACGCACGAUGAUGACUCAGAUUAGCUGUUGUUGGUUAUGCCGCAGAAGGAAGCCUUCCUUAACAACAAGAUGAUAUUCUUGACUUGGAUUUUACCGUUCAGUUUCCGGUCAAAGCCCCAGUAUCAUUGGCUUCGAACGGUAGUAACUUUAUGAACGUCCUUUGAGAUUGAGCCAGCGUUUGAAAAGGCCGAUGAUCAACAUUUCCGGAAUUUUAGUCUGCCAACGCUCGCCUUAAGAUCUUUUUUUAUUUGUGAAACUAUGAAUUGGAAAGAUUAGUUUUUGAUCGAAGGGCAGGUAAAUAGCCUUAGCUUGUGCACUAUUUGAUAAUAAUGUUUGAUUAUUAGCAUAUUUUUUGCUUCUGCCUU